AUGGCUGUGACAACAAGCAAAAACUUUUGCCCCAACAUUCUCUACGGCGGAGGUCCAUGCGAAGACGCGUCGUGUCUCGGAGAACAUGAUGUCCGUCUAUGCGAACUGUGCGUAGUCAUCUGCUCCCCGGCCUCCAAUUACGACUCGCAUACUCGGGGCCGACAACACCUCGCAAACACCGCCAAGGUCGCGCCGCUUCCAUUUGUCAAGGCGCAGUCGGUCCGCUGCCCUCCUUGUGCCAUGGUAGUGAACGCGACGGAGUGGACCGCCCAUAUCUCUGGAGAGUCCCAUAGAAAACACCAACAACUGGCCGCGCUUCGGGCAGCGUACGAACUCGCGGAGAGCGACAAGCAAGGGGUCAGCGUUUCGCACGCGGAGACUGGUGUCGACUUCGGUGUCGUCAACCUUGAACAGGCCGGUGCGGGGGAGUUGCGCGUACAGCUCUCUGUGUCCUCACUGAAGCUUGUCACUCUCGUCCAUGUGAGAGUCCGUGCUCGUGUGCGAAGUCAUAUCGCCUGCUUCAAGACGGAAGUUACAGUCAACUCUCCGCUCUACCCUGACUCGGACCUGCAGGUCCCCAUUGUGUUUCAACACGGCCAGCUGGGACGGUAUGAGGCUCGCCUCGAGCUCAUGUUCCAAACGUCAACUGGGCGGGAGUUCAUAAUCGCGCGGAGACUGCUCGCCGUAGUUGGUGAGUCCACUGAGCGCGAGUCGUUAAAGCCAGUCGCCCCCUACACCCGUGCACCCCGUGUCAGCUGGGAGUACAACAAGCUGGUCCUCUCAGGCGAUGCCCCUCCGAGGAUCCUCCCUCAGACGUGGUCCCUGGAUUUGCUUCCGUUCAGCAUCCCAGUGCCCCUCGCUGAGCUCCUGCGGUCGGGGUCUUACCCUGACAUUCAUGAACGCCUUUCUGAGGAGUACUUCCCGGAGCCUCUAGCGUUGGACAAUCACCAGGUCUUCUUUGCCAACCUCUUGUGGAUUGAAGAGGCUCGGAUGGUGGAGGAUCUCAGGGUGUAUGAUAAGCAGGAUGUUGAGUUCGAGAAGGACGGGAGACUAUGGAGCUUGCAUGUUCACGGUCUCGCGGAAGGGCGACCAAGCGUCUCAAUCGGCGACGCCAUCCUCGCACAACAAGCCGGGGUAGGCACCACGUUCAGAGGCCUUGUACACGAGAUUCGCCAAGAAGACGUCCUCGUCUCUUUCCAUCCCGAUUUCCCCGGAGCAGGACAACGCUUCAAUGUCGGCUUCCAGUUGAACCGAAUACCGCUCCGGCGGCAACACCAAGCACUGGUUGCGAAGAACGCUUCACCACAACGACUUCUCUUCCCGAACCCUGGUCAAGAAGGGCUGGAAACCCCCGUCUCGGGCGUCGACUCUCGCCGGAUUCUUUUCAACAGUUCCAUCGGAAAUAACGUUCCUCAGCUUAUUGCUGUUCAGUCGAUCACACAGCUCAGGCCUGGUUCGGCGCCUUUCAUCUUGUUUGGCCCACCCGGGACAGGAAAGACUGUGACCAUUGUUGAGGCCAUUCACCAGCUGCUCGAUCAGCAGCCCAACGCGAGGAUUCUCGCCUGUGCGCCUAGCAACAGCGCGGCAGACAUCCUCGCGCUGCGACUUCUCACCUUGUCCCCAGAAGAAAUGUUCCGCUGCAAUGCCGCGGCGCGCGUUCCGGCCUCGGUCCCCCCAGAACUGAAUGCAUACUGUCAUCGUCCGGGGAACGUCUACACACUGCCUCAGAUGGAUACGCUGAUGCGAUUCAAGGUCAUCGUCUCGACCUGCAACAAUGCGUCAUUUGCGUACAAUAUCGGCAUGCCGGUGGGACACUUCACUCACAUCUUCGUCGACGAAGCGGGACAGGCGUCCGAGCCUGAGAUACUCACGGCCAUCAAGCCCUUGUCGGCCGAGAGCACUCGCAUCGUUUUGUCUGGGGAUCCGAAGCAGCUUGGACCAGUCAUCCGGUCGAGCCUCGCGCGUCGACUGGGACUGGAGACAAGUUAUCUCGAGAGGCUCAUGGAUCUGCCUCUCUACAGCGCCGAGCAUGGGCGGGGUUUGUCCUUCGUCAAGCUCGUGAAGAACUACCGGUCGCAUGGCGCCAUCUUGCGGUAUCCAAAUGAGAAGUUCUACAACAGCGAACUUGAAGUAUGCGGCCACACGUCCACGAUCGACGCAUUCCUCGGCUCCCCACACCUUGUCUCUCCCGACUUCCCUGUGGUGUUCCACGCCAUCUCUGGGACGAACGACCGCGAGGCGUCAUCGCCCUCGUACUUCAACAUCGACGAGGCUGUACAGGUCAAGGCAUAUGUUGUCUCCCUCCUUCGGGAGCGUCGUGUCCCAGAGGCUAGCGAGAUUGGCGUCAUUACGCCGUACCACGCACAAGUCCGAAAAAUCCGUCAGCUUCUCCGGAAUGCGGACCUCGUCGACGUGAAGGUCGGCAGCGUUGAAGAGUUCCAAGGCCAGGAGCGGAAGGUGAUCAUCGUGUCGACAGUGCGUAGCAGCACGGACCUGCUCGCCUAUGAUGCGAGGUUCGCACUUGGGUUCCUCUCGAAUGCCAGGCGGUUCAACGUCGCGAUGACCCGCGCCAAGGCGCUCCUCAUUGUAAUCGGCGACGCUGCCAUCCUCUCCAUAGAUCCACUAUGGCGGGAGUUUAUGAACUACGUCCAUCUUAAUCAUGGCUGGCGCGGGGAUGACCCGACCUGGGACGUCAACGCUCCUGUCGACGCAGACGCGGACUACGCGGAUGAGCUUCGCGAGGCCCUCGCCGAGGACAUGAACACGGUCAUGGCGCAGCUUCCCCCAGAAGACGACAUAGAGGCAGAAGCUAAUCUUGAGCGCGGGUUCCAAGACACGGGAGCAGGUGACGAGAACGAGUGGGAAGCGGGCGGGGGCGACGGUAGCGAGUGGACCUAG